AUGGCGAAGAGUGUUUCCAUCAGCGGAGGAGGAGACGAUGGCGUUCGAAGACGAGCAUCAGUCAACGAUCCUGGCGCCGACGCUGCUCUCGCGAAGAUGGGUUACCAAUCUGAGCUUCCUCGAAAUCUAUCCAUGUUGAGCGUUCUCGGCAUGUCGUUCGCCAUCAUGGCCGUUCCUUUCGGUCUUUCCACAACACUCUACAUCACGCUUACCGAUGGUCAAUCCGUUACCGUGCUGUAUGGCUGGAUCCUCGUUUCUCUCAUCUCCCUGGCUAUCGCUGCUUCGCUCGCGGAAAUCUGUGCAGUAUAUCCUACGGCUGGCGGCGUGUACUACUGGUCGGCCAUGCUUUCGACACGCGAAUGGGCACCCAUCGCCUCGUGGGUCACCGGUUGGUUGACUCUGGUUGGAAACUGGACUGUUACGCUUUCAAUCAAUUUCUCGGGUGGCCAACUCAUCUUGUCCGCCAUUACGCUUUGGGAUGAGGAUUUUGUGCCGAACGAAUGGCAGACUGUGCUUGCGUUCUGGGCUGUUAUGCUUAUUUGCAUGAGUAUUAACAUUUUUGGAGCCAAGUAUCUGGACCUGAUUAACAAGAUUUGUAUCUACUGGACGGCAACUAGCGUGGUGGUUAUUAUGGUUGUGCUGUUGAGUAUGGCGGAUAACAAGAGGGAUGCCGAGUUCGUGUUUGCGCAUUACGAUGCCAGCCAGAGUGGAUGGCCAUCCGGAUGGGCUUUCUUCGUCGGUCUCCUACAGGCUGCUUACACGUUGACUGGUUACGGCAUGGUCGCCGCCAUGUGUGAAGAGGUUUCCAACCCAUCCCGCGAAGUUCCCAAGGCCAUCGUUCUCUCUGUCGCUGCGGCCGGUGUCACGGGUGUCAUCUACCUGAUCCCCAUCCUCUUCGUUCUCCCCGACGUACAACUGCUUCUCGAUGUCGCCAAUGGACAACCUAUUGGCCUGCUCUUCAAGACUGUCACUGGCAGUGCAGGCGGUGGCUUCGGACUCCUCUUCCUCAUCCUCGGUAUUCUCUUCUUCGCUGGCACGGGUGCAUUGACCGCAGCCUCGCGCUGCACCUACGCCUUCGCUCGCGAUGGCGCAAUCCCCGGUUCGCGACUGUGGGCCAAGGUAGACAAGCGCUUCGAUAUCCCUCUCAUGGCACUCGUCCUCUCCACAGCCGUCGACUGUCUCCUCGGCCUCAUCUACUUUGGCUCUUCAGCCGCCUUCAACUCCUUCACUGGUGUCGCAACAAUCUGUCUUUCCACAUCCUACGGCAUGCCCAUUCUCAUCUCCGUGCUACGCGGCCGUAAGGCUGUACGCCAUUCGUCCUACUCGCUCGGCCGUUUCGGUUACGCCAUCAACAUCGCCAUGAUCGCUUGGAUCUGCCUCGCAGUUGUACUCUUCUGUAUGCCGGUCAGUCUGCCAGUUGAGGCGGCUACUAUGAACUACGCGAGUGUAGUGUUUGCAGGUUUCGCGGCAAUUAGCGUGGGGUGGUAUUUCAUCCGCGGCAGGAAGGAGUUUUCCGGACCGCCCGUGCCGACAGACGCGGAGCCUGGUGAGGAAACUGUUGUUGCAGGGUUGGCGGUGCAAGACAGCAGGCAGGAUAUUGAGGGCAGGGGUGAUAAAGAUAAGGUUGUGGAUGGCAGUCCAGAUAGUAGUAAGGUCUAUUAG